AUGGCGACACCCUCAAGCGAACAAGGUCCUCUUCACAUGGAACAGAGUGCUCUAGAAUCACCUACGCUGAGCUCUAGGAAAAGAAAUCGCGAGGAUGAAAGUCUUGACGACUCCAUCUGGGAUCUAACUGACGACGGCCGCCCGAAGACGCGAAGGGUCAACCCACAACGCCUCGCCAUACGGCUCGGCCCAGAUCUGGUAGCUGAAAUGGAGGCACUCAUUGUCCCUGGUGCAAAAAUGCCGACGUUCGCCAUUAGGAAAGACUUCCAGGAGCGAUAUGCCGUCGACCGAAGGCAUAUUUACGACUACUUCCACUCGAGGGGCCUACGUGUUGCUAAAGAAGAUAAGCAUACGAACCUGAUCAGAGGCCGAGCGAUGAAGGCCCAGGCUCAGGCUCAAGCUCAGGCCGAAUCACAAACUAUCCUCACGACGCCAUCUGCCGUUCCUAAAGAAGAAACUUCUUCAUGCGAUACUGUUCCGCAGCGUCCUUUUUUGGUAAAGGCGCCACGCUCUCCGAAAUUGCGCGGUAGACCACCCAAGCAACAAAUGAAAAUCCAAGAAAAGAAACUUAAACUUAUGCGCCGCUUAAAUGCAUCUGCUCCUAAGGUGACGAACAAGAGUUGUUCUCCUGAUACUUCGAGCAGUCUUACUUCCUCUGCGGAAACGUCAUCGGACCCUGGGGCUACCACUUCUUCUGGGACGGACACGGACUGGGAAACGCCAUCACCAUGCCCUCAAUUCACUUUGCCUGCCGACUCCUCUGAUGACACUGAUAACGCGGGCCCCUUUCCGGACUUCCUGGAUUCUCCUGAUGACUUCGUCUCUCGCUAUGGCGACUCUCCAGAAAAUUUCCAACAACCUUUCUUAGAUGCUGAAACCACCUUCUGCGAAACGAGCUUCGACUCCUUCAUGAUGGCUGAUGAGGAUAGUCUGUUAACCGAGGGCGGGCGAACUGAACUCUACGAUCUCAUCAACAACAGUAUUUCUCGGGGUCGCCCUUUUCAGGAUUCUUCUGGCAGUUUCAACCCGUUUACGAGCGAUGGCUUCCGCUCUUGUUCCAGCUACAGGCUUCCUCAAAGCCGUCAAACCCGUAAAGUUGGAAUGUAUGCCACCGGGGCGAUAAUAAGCAGUGAUGUGACCUCUGCGGACUAUCAGGAUCUCCGCAAAUGGCUAUCGGACGAGGUUGAUCUAUACCACCCAACUCUAGAGAGUCACGAAUACAACCCCAUACGCGACAGCUUGGAAGGUGGAUACGAUUUGCUUGGUCUCUGUUCUGGAACUAUUGUUAGCGGACCUGGGGAUUUUCACUACGGCGAAAACUUUGCAUCAUCUGAGCCCAAGAACCGGGUCCUAUCUGUCAAUCCCUUGAGUCGUGCGGAAUACGUUGGUGAGAACACGCCAUCUACAUUGGUCCUUGAUAAACGCAACAUCGAGAAUCUUGAACCGGGUAGUUCUGAGAACCACCCGGCCUCGCUUCCAACAACGAAAGACGCUUAA